GUGGGGCAGCUUAGCAGAGCCUGGAUCCAGAGGACACAACACGCAGCUGCAGGACUCUGGCCACCGUGGACAAGGCUGGCCAAGGAUGGCGAUGCCCAGAGCCCUGGGGGUCCUGCUCCUCCUGCACUUGGCUUCAGGUAAGAGAAAUGUCCCGGCUGCAAUUGAGAAGCCAAGAAAAGUCUGCGAGGGGCUCGACCAUGCCAACCAGUACGAUAACUUCGGCCUUGAAGACAUGGCUAAGUGCUUCGCAAAGUGUACACAGUCGGGGAACGAAUCCUGCAAUCUGGGAAACUUGCAGAGAUACUGGCUGAACUAUGAGGUCCAUCUGGUGGAGACAAGUCCAAAGGAUACGGUGAACAUGUCUUUUUUGAAAGCUCUUGUUCUGAACAUCAGCACCAACAUCUCGAAAGACCUGCACUUCUCCCUGGCCGCCUCUCAGAUUCCAAGGCAGGCGACGGAGGACGAGCACCAGCACCCCGACCGGGUCCGGCUGCCCAGGAGCCUUUUUGAAUCCCUGCAGGGCAGCAAGCCGACCGUCCGCUUGGCCAUAACCAUCUUGGACAUUGGUCCGGGGACGCUCUUCAAGGGCCCCCAGCUCAGCACGGCUGAUGGCAGCAGCGUGUUGAACAACCGCCUGGUGGGCCUCAGUUUGGGUCGCAUCCCUGUCACCCAGCUGGCCGAGCCUUUGGAGAUCACCUUCUCCCACCAGCACCAGCCUCCUAACAUGACCCUCAGCUGUGUGUUCUGGGAUGUGAACAAAGGGUCCUCAGGAGACUGGUCAUCCAAGGGCUGCUCCACAAACCUCGGCGUCAACAGGACCGUCUGCCGCUGUGACCACCUGACCUUCUUCGCCCUGCUGCUGAAGCCGAUCUUGGACAAGGUCACCGUGAGGGCCCUCACGCGCAUCUCCCAGGCUGGCUGUGGUACCUCCAUGAUCUUCUUGGCCUUCUCCAUUGUCCUCUAUGCUGUCCUGAGGUUCUCUUGGCAGAGGUUCAAGUCUGAAGAUGCCCCCAAGAUCCACGUGGCCCUGAGCAUCAGCUUGUUUCUCCUGAAUCUGGCCUUCUUCAUCAACGUGGGGCAUGGCCUGAUGGGGUCCGAUGCCGCCUGUUGGGUCCGGGGGGCCAUCUUCCACUACUUCCUGCUCUGUGCCUUCACCUGGAUGGCCCUGGAAGCCUUCCACCUCUACCUGCUCAUCAUCAAGGUCUUCAACACCUACUUCGGGCACUACUUCCUGAAGCUGAGCCUCGUGGGCUGGGGUCUGCCUGCCCUAAUCGUCAUAGGCACUGGCAGUGCCAACAGCUAUGGCCGCUAUGCCAUCCUCAACAAGGAGAACAUCACUGUGCUGGAGCUGUGCUGGUUCCGUAAGGAGACCGCCCUCUACGUCACCGUCCAUGGCUAUUUCCUCUUCAUCUUCCUCGUCAGCGCCGUGGUCCUGGCCCUGUUGGCCUGGAAGAUCUUCACUCUGCCCAGUGGCGUGGUGGGCAAGGAGCGCAGGACGAACUGGAAGAGGGUGCUCACUGUCCUGGGCCUCUCUAGCCUGGUGGGCAUGACGUGGGGGCUGGCCAUCUUCACGCCCCUCGGCGUGUCCACCAUCUAUAUCUUUGCACUGUUCACCUCUCUGCAAGGUGUCUUCAUUUUCUGCUGGUUUGUGGUUCUCUACCUCCCAAGCUGGAGCACCAUGACCUCAUCCUCUGGGACUGCCCGCAACGACCAGGCCCCCAUCGUGUCUCAGGAAUAGGGGGCUGCUGUGUGGCCGGGCCGGGCAGGCCCCAUGCGCUGGACUUGGUUCUGAUUCCCUGUGUGACCUCAGGGGCUGGCAGCCUCCCUGCCUCCUUCGGGGCCCUGCACAUCGUGACUGGGGAGCAA